GUGGUUGUGACCGACACCACAAGCGAUAGUCGCGGGGCAAGACCAAGAACGACUGCUGCACACCACCACCAUGCCGCUGCCAUCAUCAUCGUGCAGGGUUGCCGUCCUGGUUGGUCCCGAGCGGGGAUUUGAUGUGGACUCCAUCGACCCUACGAUUCGCCAACAGCUGGAACAGCACGUUCAGCUGGUCGACUAUGAGACAGCAAAAGCCAGUGCGGAGACAGAGCCCGUGGAUGUCAUUGCCACGUUUGCUCACGUGCUGGUUGGAAAAGAGCUAGUCACAGCCCUCAGCCCUUCCCGCGCCCUCAAGGCUGUUGUCAAUUACGGCGUUGGCGUCGACCACAUCAACCUUGAUGAGAUGCGUGAGCUGGGCAUCCCCGUGUGCAACACCCCUGGCGUGUUGUCAGGGGCGACUGCAGACAUGGCGUGGGCGCUGCUGAUGGCGUGCGCCCGCAACAUUGUGCAGUGCGAUGCGUACUGCCGGUCCGACGCCUACACCGUCUACAGAAACAUGAUCUUCCUUGGCCGCGACGUGCACCACAAAACCAUCGGCAUCGUCGGCCUCGGCCGCAUUGGCACCGAAAUUGCGCGUCGGGCCAAGGGAUUUCACAUGCGCAUCCUCUAUCACAACCGCAGCCCAAACAAGGAUGCUGAGGAUAAACUUGGAGCAACGCUCGUAUCCUUGGAUGACUUGCUGAAGGAGAGUGACUAUGUUGUGCUGGUGUGUCCGUGCACCCCAGAGACAACGGGCCUCAUCUCCACGCCUCAACUGAAGCUCAUGAAGCCACUCACAGGUUCGCACGCACACACACACACAUACACAUGCACAUACUCACGAUGACACGCAUGUCUGUGUUGCAGAGCACCGCGUUCCUGGUCAACAUUGCCCGCGGCCCUGUAGUGGAUACAGAUGCGCUUGUGGCGGCACUGCAGUCGAAGGAGAUUGCUGGCGCCGGUCUGGACGUGACAGAUCCAGAGCCCCUCCCGCUUGGCCAUCCUCUCCGUACCCUCGACAACGUUGUGCUCGCACCACACCGCGGCAGUGCUACAGCAGAGGCGCGUGCGGCUAUGGCGCAGCUCGUGAUUGAUAACGUGCUGGCUGCAGCACGAGGAACGCCGCUUCUCACUCGCUGCGCGUGAUGUGUUUGGUGUGCCUUUGUGUGCUUUGUGUGCUUGUGUUUCUGCCACCCCUUCCCGUGCUUCGUUACCCGCUUGUUGUUCCAAUUAAACGAACCCCCUUCCCG